AUGGUAUUGCAUAAUAAUAAGUGGGAUCGGAAGGCUAAGAGGAACUACGUGCGAAAACACGGGCUGGGCACGGAGGGCUCAGGAGAACAGCCCGUAGAAGAUCCUGAAGAGGUUGGGAGUGAUGUUGUGGAGUUCGAUUCGAACUCAUGGAGGUAUAGAAAGCCCAAGAAAGAGGCUGAUGGUGAUAAGCCUGAUAAUACCGUGGAGUUGGAUAAUAGCCAGGACAGCCAAGUGGAAGAAAAGAAUUCAGACCAAUCAGACGACGACCAGAUGUCAGACAUAGAUGACGAUAUACGAAAGCUGGUCAUUGACAGUCUCGCUCAAAAGGAUGCUGCUGUUUUUGAGGCAAAUCCCAGGCGGUUGAGUAUUUCGGAUUAUUUGGAAUGGUCCGAGGAAAAGGUGGGGACAACGCCACAACUGAAGAACCGGAUUUUGACAGAAGACGAAAAACAGGAGUUUUACGAGUUAGAGAGGAAAAUCGAGGAACAGAGGUUUCAUAAUGACGUGAGGGCAAAAUUCUCAGUCAAACAGAAAGAGUUCAAGGCUCCCCGCAAGCCUAAAGUGAUGGACCUCUCCAGGCAGGGUGAUGAUAAUUAUAGAACUGUGGUGGACCAGAAACUAGACAAGGCUUCUGUAUGGACCACAAAGGCCACUCAAAAGCAGCUGGAUGAUGAUCUGGAAGAGCUACUGGGAACUCCUUUAGAGACUUCUACAAGUUCAAGGGUUGAUUUGGAUGAUUUGCUGAAUCUUAAGCCUCCAGACAAGCUUAAAGUUCAGCCGCACGCUCGUGACGUCACAGCUCCAAAGCCAGGCGUGGAGAAAGAUGAUAACGACGAAUUUUUGGAUGAACUGUUGGGCGAUUGA